AUGGCCCUCUUUGUCCACCUUACAGAAAGGUUUGUAGCUCUGAAGAGGCUGAGGGACUCGGCCAAUGCCAACGAUGUGGAAACAGUGCAGCAGCUGCUGGAAGAUGGUGCAGAUCCCUGUGCAGCGGAUGACAAGGGCCGCACGGCUCUCCACUUCGCCUCCUGCAAUGGCAAUGACCAGAUCGUGCAGCUGCUCCUGGACCAUGGGGCCGAUCCCAACCAGCGAGAUGGGCUGGGGAACACGCCACUGCACCUGGCGGCCUGCACCAACCACGUCCCUGUCAUCACCACGCUGCUACGAGGAGGGGCCCGGGUAGAUGCCCUGGACCGAGCUGGCCGCACGCCCCUGCACCUGGCCAAGUCGAAGCUGAGCAUCCUGCAGGAAGGCCACUCCCAGUGCCUGGAAGCCGUGCGGCUGGAGGUGAAGCAGAUCAUCCAGAUGCUGAGGGAGUACCUGGAGCGCCUGGGGCGGCACGAGCAGCGGGAGCGGCUGGACGACCUGUGCACCCGCCUCCAGAUGACGAGCACCAGAGAGCAGGUGGAUGAGGUGACCGACCUCCUGGCCAGCUUCACCUCCCUCAGCCUGCAGAUGCAGAACAUGGAGAAGAGGUAGCAAGAGGGGCUCCCUGCCCCCCACCCUGCCCCUGCCCCCCCUGCCCACCUGCUCUCGUCACAAAGAAAAGCCUGGCGCCUGGGACUUGGGAGCUGCACUUGUCUGCAAGCCAUCGUCCCCACCCCAGACGCUAUGGGCCAGAGAUGCUCUCACCAAGCCAGAGCCU